AUGAAGAGACAAAAUGUGUUAAACAUUUAUUUUUCAAAAAAACAGAAACCGGAAACAUCACCAAAUGAUGAAAGCAUAUCGUCCAGAGUUGAGUUAGAAGCAGGUUCAUCAACAUUAGAGAAUCAAACAUUAGAAAUUUAUAAUUUUCAAAAUGACACCACUAAUAGUUUACCGUGCUGUUGGAAUGCGAAUCAGUUGGAACAUUUUAAAAUGAAAUAUGAUGGCCUAUUGGUGGUAAAUCAGAAGUUGGGAUGUGAGUAUUGUUUAAAAAUGAAUUCCAAUUUAGUAUCUAAGGAAUGGAAAGAAUGUAAAGUUACCACAUCGGGAAAAAACAAAACAGUGCAACAAGCAUCUUUAAGGAAAAAAAUGAGCGAACAUUUUGCAUCAAAAGCACACAAUCAAGCUGUUGAACAUAAAAAAAUCCAGCAAAAACAAACUUUGGCUACAUGCAUCGAUAAAAUAAACGAGAAAUUUAUUGCAUCUACUACGAAAGUUUUUAAUACUGUUUAUAGCCUAGCGAAAAGAAAUCGUCCAUUUUCAGACCUAGAAGAUGAGAUUGAACUUCAAGUCAAAAAUGUGGAAUCAUCUACAGUAGAAUCUUCUGAAAUAUCCCCAAUAAUUUUCGUAGAUAUUACGGAGCUUGAUGCACAAGAUGCGAAAACUAUUUUUGAAAGUUUGUUGAGAGUAUUGCUCGCUGUAGGAUUUGACAUGAAUUAUUUAAAACUUAAUUUAAUAGGAUUUUGUUCUGACGGCGCUAGCGUUAUGCUUGGCUCUAAAUCUGGAGUCAGUGCAAGGAUCAAAGAAAUUUUUCCAAAUGUUAUUAUUUGGCAUUGUCUUAGUCACCGUCUGCAACUUGUUUUAGAUGAUUCCAUAAACGACAUCAAACAAAUUAAUCAUUUUAAACUUUUUAUGGACAGAAUAUAUAGUAUUUUUCAUCAAUCUAAUAAAAACCAAAAAGAACUGAAUAAUAUUUCUGAGAACCUUUGUUUGGAUAUCAUUAAAAUUGUAAGAGUGUUGGGGCCAAGAUGGGCUUCAUGUAGCUUAAGAGCUGCUCUUGCUGUAUGGCGAAGCUACCCUGCUUUAUAUGAGUUUUUUUCUUCUAACUCUAUUCAAAAGUUUUCUGGAAUGGCAAAACGAUUACAAAACAAAUAUUUCCUAAUAGAUUUAGCUCUAAUGAUCGACAUCCUUCAGGAUUGCUCUCUAUUAUCCAACGCACUUCAAGCUAGAAAUAUAAACAUUGCCAGAGGCGAUCAACUAAUUAGAAGAACAAUUAAUGCCUUCCAAAUCCUCAAAAACAGUCGCGGUUUUUACGAAAAAAAAGUAGAUGAAGUUAUUAACUCCGAAGCAUUAAAAAAUAUUAAUUUUACUGAAAAUAAAAUUUAUGGAAACCUGGCUAGAGAUUCUCUUAUUGACAGCAUCAUCAAGAAUAUGAAAUUAAGAUUGAUAGAUUGUUCUCAAAUAAGAUCAAGUAGUGAUAAAAAAAAUAUUGAAAACACCAAAAUUUAUGAACUAGCAAAUUUGCUAGAGCCGAGUACAUGGAAAAUUGAACAUAUUGUGGUUCCGUGGUUAGAGGCCGAAGAGAAAUUUGAAGAAUUUGGAAAUGUUUUCAAAUUUGAUAUCCAUAAGAAUGAUUUCCGUAAUUAUUUAGAAGAUAUAAUAUGCAAUGGCAAUCAGGAAAUUCCUAAAAUUCAAGAAAACAUUCAAAAAGCGAAAAAUAUUAUAAAUACCAUUGCUGUUAGCAGUGCUGAAGCAGAGCGGGGGUUUUCUCUGAUGAACCUUAUAAUUACCGACAUAAGAUCUCGAUUAUCGGUGAAGAAUUUAUCAAAUCUUAUGACUUUAAACUUACUUGGUGAACCACUGCAAAGUUAG